AGAUAACACAAACACAAUCUUAUUCGCGCCAAUAAUGUUCACGUCCCUCCUUCAUCGAUUCUCCCCUCACUAUAAUUUCCCCACAGAAAUUCAAAUAAAAAUAAUGACAUUUUCUCGCUUAAUUUUCGUUUGAACUCAUUGUCUCCGCUGGGGAAAAAAAAAUCAUUCUAAGCUUUGUCGUCCAUGACCAUGGCACUCGUUAUUCAUUCCUCUGAAAUGUUCAUUGCCCCAAAAUUUCCGUGUAAUCCGAAUCCAAACCCCAUCAAACUCCACAGCUUUAAGCCCGUGGCAGUUGGGUCAAGUGCAAGAGGAUUAAAAGCUUUUUGUCAAGUGAAGGAUUGUGCGGUUUUGGAAUUGGAACAGAAUUUGAGGUUGUACGGUGAGUUCUCGGGUGCUGUGAAGUUGGGGAGGAAAGAAGAAGAGGAGGAAAAGCAGAAGUACUACGUGAAUAUGGGAUAUGCCAUCCGAACUUUGAGGGAAGAUUUUCCCCAAAUCUUCUUCAAGGAACCUAGCUUCGAUGUCUACAGGGAUGAUAUUGUAUUUAAAGAUCCUUUGAAUACCUUUGUUGGCAUCCAGAAAUACAAAUCGCUGUUGUGGGCAUUACGAUUUCAUGGCAGAAUAUUUUUCCGAGCUUUGUCGAUUGACGUAAUCAAUGUGUGGCAGCCUGUUGAGAAUGUGAUCAUGGUUCGGUGGAGUGUUCACGGGAUUCUGCGAAUUCCAUGGGAGAGUCGUGGUAGGUUUGAUGGGACCUCUGAGUACAAACUUGACAGGAAAGGCAAGAUUUAUGAGCACCGGGUUGACAACAUUGCUCCAAAUACACCUCAUCAUAAAUUUGGAGUGCUAAGAGUGGAAGAAUUGAUUCAAUCUAUUGGCUGCCCCUCAACCCCAAAACCAACUUAUUUUGAAACAUCGUCAUCUACAAAUAGAACUUGAUGUUGCUCAAGUUCUUCAGUUUUGGUGUAAUGGUGUAGACUGAUGUUUAUGUAAAUAUAGAGAUAGAUAUUUGGCAUCUUUUGCAGUAUCUGGAUACAUGGUGUGCAGGAUGUUUGUUGGAUGCUGUAAUUAGUAGAGUUAGAAAAGCCUUGUAUAGUAGUAAGUUUGUAAAAUGCUAUUGCAGGAUCUCCCCCUCUUGUAUCUACAGAUUCAAUAAGCAAAUUUUGUAGCUUUGUUAGCAGUUAAGUUUAUUAAAUAUGUGAACAAUUAGGAAAAGAUUUUGUGCCAA